AUGUCGUCUUCGUCACUUCGAGUGUUAACUGUUGGGAACAACCCUAAUAUUCUGUUCUACACUUCAAGGUUCCAGUUGGCCAAGAACAUAGAACUUUAUCACGUCAACGAUUCGAAAUCAUGCCAGUUUGAAAUUGAAACCGAAUACUACGGUAAGGACCAGUUCGAAUUGGAGAACCAUUUCACUUCUCUGGAACAUUUGACCGAGGCUCUGAAUUCCGGGUCCCGUGGAUCCAUUUUUGAUAUAGUCAUCAUGAGUGCCCCCUCUCUGCAGGAGCUGUCUUCACUGUCAGCCAAGUUGGCCUCCAUAACCGAUUCGAACUCCAAGAUUUUCUUGGAGAGCAGCGGGUUCAUUCAAUUGGAACCGUUUGUUAAGUUGUCAAUGGAUUCUCCACAUUUGAACGUCUUCAGUAUCUUGACCGAUUUGGAUGUUCGUCAAAUCGGCCCAAACCAGGUCAAACAAUUCCCUAGCAAUACAAACGAAAAUACCAUUUAUCUGGGUGAAAGUAAAUCCAAUAGUGAAAAAUAUUCUGCCAAUGUUGUAACAUUAUUGACCACGUUUGAGAAACUAUUCUCGAAAUUGUUCUCCAACAUAAAAAUCAACUUGUGUGGGUUCUCAUCCAUUGAGUUUUUAUCACAACAAUGGAAACUGGCGAUUUCCAGAAUUUGUUUUGACCCACUACUGAUCAUGUUUGAACAGGAAAAUCCAAGUGAUUUAGACCAACAAAUCAUUGCUAAACCUUUAAUCUCUGGAUUGGUUACUGAAAUCAUUACCGUAGCAAAGACAAUGGGUGCUAGGCUGAACAGUAAUUAUGAUAAUGAGAACAAUCUUUUAUCCCUAUGGAAAAAUUCCUACCAAUCGACUAAUGAACCGCCUGCGCUGGUUUACCAUUUCGUCCAUCAAACAACACCCUUGAAUAUUGAUAUCCUGUUGUUGCAAACAAUCUUAUUGGCUGACGAUUUUGGCAUUAAGACGCCAUACUUGGAGUUUUUGUAUUCCGUUAUGUCCCAAUUCGAAAGAUUAAAUAAUGGUAAAUCUAAAUGGUUUAUGAGAUCAAGUGAAAAAAAUAAAAUUUUACAAAAUUUACGAAACUCACAACAAAAUGAAUUAACUUCUCAAAAUCAAAUCACUAACCUGCAAAGCCAAAUUAGCAAACUGAGACAAGAGAUGGUUAUGCAAGCCAAGCAACAUGAUAUGGAAACCAACGGCCUGAAAGAGAAGCACCAAGCCACUUUGCAAGCUCAGGCUCAAGCUCAAGCUCAGGCUCAAGCUCAGGCCCUGGCUCAAGCUCAUGCUCAUGCUCAAGCUCAGGCUCAUGCUCAGGCUCAGGCUCAGGCCCAGGCCCAGGAUCAAACACCAACUGAGACAGUAACCCCAACCGAAGCUACAAAUACAUCGGCCGUCAACGAAUACAGGGCGACGGGCACUCCAAAUUUGAGGGAUAUCGAAGAUAUUGCGUUAUACAGUGUCAACUAUGGCGAAUCUCCAUUGAAGUCUCCACCACCUACUGCUGGCUCGCAACAGCAAAUUAGUUCACCGCAAUCCGCACACUCCCAAAUAUUUGAAGAGGCUAAUGGCUCCAAUGACAAAAUACUACAAGAGCGUGAACUGGAACUUCGUAAAAAAGAGUUAGAGCUACAAGAACGUGAACUGGAAUUCCAGAAACGGGCAAUUCAACAACAAAGAUUCAACAACAAUGGUAACAAUAAUAAUCCUAUACCAAAAAAGCCUUCUUACCCUCAACUACAACAGUCCGCCAACAUCCGUUCCAGUAGUAGAGGAAUGCAUGGCGCUAAUGGGCCUAUUUCACAACCUGCAUCGGCUGGGAACUUUGUGGACCCAGUUUCUGCAGGUAUGGCCACAUAUGAUCCACAACAACAACCUUCAACCUUAUCUUUACAGCAACAACAGCAACAGCAACAACAGCAACAGCAGCCACCAUUACAGACACAACCUUACCACGCACACUCUAUCAAACCAACAAGUAGAAAGAAUAGAAACAGUAAUAUGCCCAAUAUUGGUAAUCCCUCCAGUAUAGUAAACAUGGGUAAUUUUGGCAGGCCACCAAAAAAUCCAAGCCAAACUCGUUUGAGCUCAUUGCCAACCCAUAGUAUUGUAAAUCAAAACAGAUUGAGGUCGCAACAGUCCAAAAGCAAACUCAAUAUGCCGCACGCUGCCAAGCCAAACAAUGUGUUUAAUCAACCUCCUGUUUCUAAUUUAAACAACCACGUCACUACUCAAAGACAAUUCAGUUCGAGCACCAUGAUAGAAACCACAAAUAAUAACAAUAAAAUGAAUAUCAGUAGUAGUAACCCUGAUAUUUCUACCAAUUCAGUAGUUCACAAUGCAAUGCAAUUUACAAAUACGAACGAUAACGCAAAUAACACUGUCGACAUAAACGACCCUAGCAAUAUGGUGGCUCCUCCUACAGGCUCUGUCUCAGCGCCAAGUACUCCAACUUUAUCUUCAUCAAGCCAAAUGGCUGAUGUAAGCUCUCCUAGUACUGAUGAUGUUAAUGGCGGGGAAAAUGCUGGCGGUAAGAAGAAAAGAUUUGGCUUAUUUAAAAAGAAAAAUAAAUCAAAGAAAUAA